AUGAAGUUCACUCGUCUCUCCAACUUUGUCGCGCUCGUCGUGAUCGCGUCUCACGUUGCCGCUCUUCCCAUGGAGAACGGAGCUGUCGCUCGUGACUCCGAUGUCGCUGCCCCUGCUCCCAGUGGCUCUGGCUUCCCAGAUGGCGCUGCGAUUUCGUCCGCUGUCGCCGCCGCUGCCUCGUCCGUUCCUCCUCCCCCGAACGGCGGCGACGUUCCUUCUGGCCCUCCGCCCGCCGCAGCGCCGCCCUCCCGUCGCCAGGCCGGUCCGCCGCCUCCCGCUGGCUCGCCUCAGCCUCCUCCGCCUGCGGGAGGACCGGGCCCUCAGCGCCGUCAGGGUGGCCCUCCGCCGCCGCCGUCUGGCACCGGUCUCCCUCCAUCGGGUUCCCCGCCUAACGGCAACCAGCGUCGCCAGAACGGCACUUCUCCCCCUCCUCCUCCUCCCCCCGGAGGUCCCGGUCCUCAGCCCCGUGACGAUGGCCCUCACUCGGACGCCCCUCCUCCCCCUCCUCCAGCGGGUGGCCCGGCUCCUGUGAAUCAACCUCGCCAGGACGCUACUCCCCCGCCCCCGCCUCCGCCUGCUACUGGACUUCCUCCCUCCGGAGGUCCCGGGCCUCAGCGCCGUGACGAUGGUCCUCACCCGGAUGCUCCCCAGCCCACUCCUUCGGGACCAACUCCCCCUCCUCACGGCAACCAGCGUCGCCAGGGCGGUUCUCCUCCUCCCCCUCCCCCGCCUGCCGGUACUGGACUUCCUCCUUCCGGAGGUCCUGGUCCUCAGCGCCGUGACGAUGGCCCUCACUCGGAUGUUCCCCCGCCUCCUCCCUCGGGCCCAGCUCCUCCUGUCGGUAACCAGCCUCGCCAGAACGGUACUCCUCCCCCUCCUCCUCCCCCUCCCGGCGGAGGUCCUGGCCCUCAGCGUCGUGACGAUGGUCCUCAUUCAGGUGCUCCGCCGCCCCCUCCCUCGGAGAGCCCGGUUCGUCCUCCCGGCAACCAGCGUCGCCAGGGUGGUACUCCCCCUCCCCCUCCCCCGCCUGCCGGGACUGGUCUCCCUCCCUCUGGAGGCCCUGGCCCUCAGCGCCGCGACGACGGUCCUCACCCGGAUGCUCCCCAGCCCCCUCCCUCGGGACCGACUCCUCCUCACGGCAACCAGCGUCGUCAGGGCGGUUCUCCCCCUCCCCCUCCCCCGCCUGCCGGAACUGGCCUCCCUCCCUCCGGAGGUCCUGGCCCUCAGCGCCGCGAUGAUGGCCCCCACCCGGUCAGUGGCACUCCUCCCCCGCCUCCUCAGCAGCCCCCCUUCGGCGAUGAGUCGAUCUCCGCUCAAGUUCGUGAGGUGCUCUCCGCGAUUUACGAGGGCUUGAGACUCUGA